ACUAUAUAUUAUUUUGUUCUCACAACAAACCUCUUGGUUUUCCUCUCCGCUUGGAACUUCUACAUCUUCUCUCCUCCAAGGAAAUUCUAUCUUUAUAAUUAUUCUUCCUCUUUUUAUAUUUCUGAGGCAUCUGAAGUAUUCUUGAAGGACUCUGACACCCUGUGAGGUCUGUUGGUUCAGUAUUCAGUGUUACACUUGAGCUUAUUCGGCAGCAAAAUCUGUUCCUCUCAACUAAGAAUUCUUAUUUCUACAUCUUGGUAUUCGUGAAUACCUUAUUUCACUACCUGUUGGAUGCACUUCUUCUGUGUUCUUUUACACUGAAUUAUGCAAGUAGCCAGUGAGUGUAGCACAUGAUUUAGAGGACAAGAAAUUGACAACCAUGAAGUUCAUGAAACUAGGAUCUCGUCCUGAUACAUUCUACACUACAGAAGCAGUGAGGUCAGUUUCUUCUGAGGUUUCCAGUGACCUCAUAAUUCAAGUGAAGGGAAGUAGAUAUCUUCUUCACAAGUUUCCACUGCUGUCAAAAUGUUUGCACCUGCAAAGGUUAUGCUCAGAAUCUCCUGAUUCUUCUUCUCAGCACCAAAUAGUUCAACUCCCUGAUUUUCCUGGUGGGGUGGAGGCAUUUGAGUUGUGUGCUAAGUUCUGCUAUGGAAUCACCAUAACUCUCAGCCCUUACAACAUUGUAGCUGCAAGAUGUGCUGCUGAGUACCUGCAAAUGACUGAGGAGGUUGAGAAGGGGAACUUGAUUCACAAGCUUGAGGUUUUCUUCAAUUCAUGCAUUCUACGUGGUUGGAAGGAUUCUAUUGUGAGUCUUCAGACCACAAAAGCAUUGCCUUUGUGGUCAGAGGACUUGGGAAUUACCAGCAGAUGCAUUGAAGCUGUUGCCUCAAAGGUCUUGACCCACCCCUCUAAGGUGAGUUUGUCACAUAGUCAUUCCAGAAGGGUGAGGGAUGAUGAUGUCUCUUGCAAUGGAACUGAAAACACAAGACAUAAAUCAGGAUGGUGGGCUGAAGAUUUAGCAGAACUGAGCAUAGACCUCUAUUGGAGAACCAUGAUAGCAAUCAAAUCUGGUGGCAAGAUACCUGUAGAUCUCAUAGGAGAUGCAUUAAAAAUUUAUGCAUGUAGGUGGUUACCAAAUAUUACCAAGAAUGGACAUCUCAAGAAGCAAGGUGCUUGUAAAUCAGACUUGGACUCAGCUAGUGAAAUAACUACAAAACAUCGUUUGCUUUUGGAAUCAAUAGUAAGCUUGCUUCCAGCAGAGAAAGGUGCUGUUUCUUGUAGCUUUCUAUUGAAACUUUUAAAGGCAUCCAAUAUUCUUAAUGCUUCUUCCUCUUCAAAGAUGGAAUUAGCCAGAAGGGUAGGACUCCAGUUGGAGGAAGCCACAGUGAAUGAUCUUUUAAUACCCUCAUUAUCUUACACAAAUGAUACAGUAUAUGAUGUUGAGUUGGUGAUGACCAUAUUGGAACAGUUUAUGUCACAAGGGCAAAGUCCCCCAACUAGCCCCGCAAGAUCCAGGAUGGCCUUUGAAAGAAGGAGGUCUCGUUCAGCAGAGAAUAUUAACUUUGAAUUGCAGGAAAGUAGGAGGUCUUCUUCAGCAUCUCAUGGUUCAAAAUUGAAAGUGGCAAAGCUUGUGGAUAGGUACCUUCAAGAAGUUGCUAGAGAUAUGAAUUUCCACUUGUCGAAAUUCAUUGCUCUUGCUGAAAUUAUACCAGAUUUUGCAAGGCAUGAUCAUGAUGAUCUCUACAGAGCUAUUGACAUUUAUCUCAAGGCUCAUCCAGAACUCAACAAGAGUGAAAGGAAAAGGUUAUGUAGGAUUCUUGACUGCAAAAAACUGUCUAUGGAAGCCUGCAUGCAUGCAGCACAAAAUGAGCUACUUCCUCUAAGGGUUGUUGUCCAAGUUCUCUUCUUUGAGCAAGCAAGAGCAGCAGCAGCAGCUGGUGGUAAAGUGACUGAUUUACCAAGCAAUAUCAAGGCAUUACUCACUGCAAAUGGUAUUGACCCAUCAAAACAUGCAGCACCAUUGAGCACUACUACAAGUAUACAUGCUGAGGACAAUUGGAGUGUUUCUGGCUUCAAGUCACCAAAGUCCAGGUCUUCAACUCUAAGGAUGAAGCUAGCUGAGGAUGAUGACUUGGAUCAAAAUGGUUUACACCAAGAUGGAAUUGGAAGAAACUCUAGAUUUAAGACCAUAUGUGCUAUUCCAACCCAACCUAAAAGAAUGCUUAGUAAGUUGUGGUCUACCAAUAGAACUGUCACUGAAAAGAAUUGAGUGAAUUCUGUUAAUUUUCCAGUUGGUAAUGGUAAUUUAGAGGGUAACAUAUACUCUAUUUUUCUUUAUGCGAAACGCCUUGUAACUUCUAGGAAAAUCCAAAAAUCUAAAUGUGCAUUGUUGAUGUAACUUAUAAUAAUAAGAAAAGAUUUUCUCAGCACGAGGGGAAAUCUCUUUGGUAAUUCUCAGGUCAAAAGCUGGAAUAGGAAUCUUAGGUGUCAGUGACAAAUCGUGGGGCCAUAGUGCUUUGUUUGUCUACAAAUCUGCAACACUUGUCUCUUUUCAUUUGCUGUAGCUCCUUGAGUCCUAACAUUGUCGACAAAUUUUUUCGUAUUUUCAUGUGUCUGACAUAAUGCAAUACUGUAAUAUCUUAUUAUAUUUGUCUUAUUUAUUUGUGUCCACUCAUAUAAUCUCUUCCUUACUUAAUUGAUAUCCAAUUAUGAACAAGAUUUGAAGUGUUGUGGCACAUAAU